CGGAAGGGCCGUGGGGCGCGCGUCUUGGAGAUGCCAGGCUCCUCUCCGGGUUCCUCGGGGUCACCGCGGCCUGAGUCGCGCGGAGACAUGAGUGACACUGGAGGCGACCACACGCGCCUCAGGCGCUACCCCAGGCUCCCGGUGUGGGUGGUGGAGGAUCACCAGGAGGUUCUGCCUUUCAUAUACCGGGCCAUAGGUUCGAAGCAUCUUCCUGCCAGUAAUAUAAGCUUUUUACAUUUUGACUCACAUCCAGACCUCCUUAUUCCUGUAAAUAUGCCAGCAGACACCGUGUUUGAUAAGGAAGCACUCUUUGGAGAAUUGAGUAUUGAAAAUUGGAUUAUGCCUGCGGUUUAUGCUGGCCAUUUUUCUCAUAUAAUAUGGCUUCAUCCCACAUGGGCUCAGCAAAUCAGAGAGGGCAAACACCACUUUUUAGUGGGCAAAGACAUAUCUACCACCACCAUCAGGGUUACCAGUACCGAUUAUUACUUCCUAAGUGACGGUCUGUUUGUACCUGCAGACCAGCUAGAGAACCAAAAACCAUUACAGUUGGAUGUGAUCAUGAUAGAACCUUACAAACUCUGUAACAAUCAAAAUGACAGUGACAAUGUGUCCUCUGCAAAGAAGCCCAAGCUGGCACUGGGCAGUAGAGAGGGCUCUGCCAUUGCUAAUGGGAACCCUUCUUCAGAAGGACCGCAAGGGGAAGCAGUGACGCCAAGAAGUGACCACGCUUGCCAGGAGCCGCAAUGCCCAAGCACAGCCAGCACUGCAGAGAUUCUGGAAAUGCUGAAGGAUGGAGAUGCUUUUGUUUUAGAUAUUGACUUGGAUUUUUUUUCUGUCAAAAAUCCCUUCAAAGAAAUGUUCACUCAGGAUGAGUACAAAAUUCUACAGGAGCUUUACCAGUUUAAAAAACCUGACAGUAACCUUACCGAGGAAGAUUUGGUAGAUAUUGUUGAUACUCGAACUCAUCAAUUAGAAGAUUUAGAAGCAAUUUUUGCUGAUUUGUGUGAUGGUGAUGGUGAAGAAACCGUACAGAGAUGGGCUUCAAACCCUGGAAUGGAAUCACUAGUUCCGCUUGUACAGAGUUUGAAAACACGGAUGGAAGUACCAGACUAUGAAAUGGUUCAUCAGGCUGGGCUAACCUGCGAUUAUUCAGAACUCCCUCAUCAUGUCAGUACAGAAGAAGAAAUUGAGUGUCUUAUUCAGUCUGUAUAUUGUUUACUGAAAAAUCUUCCAAAGCCUACUCUUGUAACAAUUGCAAGGUCAAGUCUGGAUGAUUACUGUCCUCCUGAACAAGUUGACACCAUUCAGGAGAAGGUCCUCAAUGUGCUGCACUCACUGUAUGGGACCCUGGACACUCACCUGGUAUAUUCAGGAACGUCUCCUCCUUGUUGAAGCAGACAGCACUAGGCUCCUGUGCAAUUUGGUACAGUAACGGGGCUUUUGUUUGUGAGUCUUCCAGAGUACAUUUUCAUUUUUUGGUUUUUCAAAACAGGGUUUCUUUGUAUAGCGUUGUAUGUCCUGGAUGGCCUCAAACUCACAGAGAUCCACCUGCCUCUGCCUCCUGAGUGCUGGGACUAAACGUGUGAACCACCAUUCCUAGCCAGAGUACAAUUUUUAUGUUAAAUUUCAGUUGAAAUCAGUCAAGUAUUUUCAGUCUCAAGCAAACAUCAGUUAUUGAAUAUGGCAGUUGAAGUAGAGGGAGGCAAUGUUUGUUUGAUUUGGUUUUAUUGUUAACCCCAGUUGUUGGGGAGUAUUGGCUAUCUUUCUUGUUUUUCAUGUUGUCUUUGAUUUUGUGAGGGUUUUUUUUGUUGUUGUUGUUGUUGUUGUUGUUGUUUGUUUUUUCCUUCCCUGAACAGAACUUUGGGUUAUAUGAGAUUUAUUUAUUUAUUCAUUCGGUUGAUGUUUAUUUAGCACUUUCCUGUGCUAGAUACUAUUAAAGGCAAGAUGCCCUGCCCUCCUGUGAGAGACUUAUGAGAAGCAAAUAAUGGGCUGUGGACAGUCUCAGGAAAAAAAGAGAACCACAAACAUGUCUUGAGCAUGUGGUUAAUUCUCAGGUACCCUGGCCUUAUAGAAAGUAGCAUUCUCAGAAGUGAUGCAAAAACAUCCUUCAGUCCAUGAGAAUGUUACAGCAAGGCUGUCUGCCUAAGGGUGUUGGAAUUGUGCCACACUUUUUGCUAAAUGUUCUCUAGCCUUUUUGUUGUUGCAAGAAUUC